GAUUAACGAUUCUGGUGGGGAGGGAAAGGGAACGGGAGCGGGAGGGGAAUCCAAUUGCGAUGGCCUCCGACUCGGGCGAUUUCGGUGGGGAGAACAAGUCGUUGGAAACGGCGAGGCGGCUGCUGGAGGAGACCUUCACGAGUGAGGCAGAGGCGGAGGCGCUACCGAGCUUGCCCUCGGGGUUCUACGACGCCUUCGUCCUGAGGGGAAUCCGCGUCGUCCAGGCCCUCCAGCCCGGCACACUCCUCUGCCACUUCAACGUGCCCUCCAGACUACUCAACUCGGGCGGCUUCCUGCACGGCGGCGCAACCGCCUCCCUCGUGGAUCUGGUUGCCUCCGCCGCCUUCGCCACUGCCGGGCUACGCACCAGGGGCUCACCCCUUGAGAUGAACAUCUCCUACCUUGAUGCUGCUUUUGCUGAUGAAGAGAUUGAUAUCGAGGCGAAGGUUCUUCGCGCUGGCAAGGCAGUAGGGGUUGCCGUUGUGGAACUGAAGAAGAAAUCUGGCAAAAUCAUCGCCCAAGCUCGCUACUCCAAAUAUCUUGGUGUUAGUAAACUCUGAAUCAUGAUGCUGCCUCCCAUAUAUACGGGGAUAUGGUAGCAGCAAGCAAGCAGGGUGUGGUUUGGUUCGACAGCAAGUGUUGUUACUACUCUACAUUAUAUCUUGGUGUUAGUAAACUCUGAAUCAUGAUGCUGUAUUACUGUUACUCAACCAUCAUCUCAGCUACUUAUUAUUCUUGUGUUAUGAGUCUUCCUCGGAUUGCAUUAAACUAAACUACAGUAUACAGCAAAUACUUGUAUAUAUGUAUGAGCCUGAGCUUCAGGCAUUGCAUGUGGAUGUGUGGCUUUGUCUGGAACUUUUUCUUGUACAUAAAACAAAAGACAUGGCUGAUAAACAUGUGUACCUAGCUAGUUCUUGCA